GACUGCAGGGGGCAACAUCAUCUCGUCACAACGGUAGAAGAAGAGGAAGCGGAAGUGAGAACGUGCAUGCAGAGCUUGACAGUUAUUUACCUGCAUUUGCCUAAACUCUCCGUGGGAAAUCGACAUAGACGUGCAAAUGGAGGAAGCGCUGGUUCGAACCCGGAUUCCUAAAGACCUGGUGAAGCUACUUGCUGUUGAGUCUCAGACCAGCUCCAAAGCGGAGGCCUUCACUCAGUCGUUCCUAAAUAAAAGCAUUCAGCAUGAUGCACGGCAUGAUUUGAAAGACAUGUUGAGCCACAAGGCUGUGGUCCUGGGCUACUCCAGGCCCAAGAAGGACCAGUCAAAGAGGAGUAGUAAAAAAGCCAAAGGAUUGAAUGCUCGUCAGAAAAGGGCGAUGAAGAUCUUCCAGAUCAAGCCUCAGAACCAGAGAUACGAGCUCUUCCUGCCUCUGCAUGAGCUCUGGAGACACUACAUUAUUGACCUGUGCAGUGGAUUGAAACCAACAAGCAGUCCUCAGUUGGUGCAGCAGAAGCUUCUGAAGGCUGACUUCCAUGGUGCCAUCAUCACAGUGGUCCGGUCUAAAUGUCCAUCAUAUGUGGGGACAACAGGGAUUUUAGUCCAAGAGUUCAAACAUGUCUUCAAAAUGAUCACUAAGGAGAACAGACUGAAAGUGAUCCCUAAGAGGAACAGUGUUUUUGCUGUGGAGAUCAACGGCUUCGUCUCACACAUCUAUGGGAGUAAGUUUGAGCAGCGAGCCAGUGAGCGCUCCGCCAAGAAGUUUAAAGUGAGAGGAACUCUGGACUUGUGAUGGCACUGAGAGCAGGACACACUGUGCUGCAGAGACAACUCUCACUUGGACUGCACUGGACUGCUUUAAUGACCAUCAGAAGGAACUGCAGCAAUCAUAACUAUCCCCCUGUUUAAAGAGGAAUUCUGAAAUGGGGAUGUACUGAGUUUAAAUUUCAUGGGAUUAACUUCCACAAAGAUUGUCAAUUUGAAUUAUGGGAAAAGUGGGAUCCAUUUUUUUUUAAGGCUACAUGUGAGGAUAGCUCUCUCUCUACUGUUACAAUCUUAAUCAUUUGGAAAGUAGUGUUUUUCAAGCCUUUAUGUCUGACCACAGGAAGUUAUGUAGGUAAUGGAAAAACACUGAGACAGGUUUGUGUUGUUUGUCAGGUUCUUAUCUAAGUAUGGGAAUUAUCUGACGGCUGCUAUCUCAACAUGAAAUCAGAUCGAGGUCUGUAGUUUCUGUGAAAAUCAAUCUUGUUUUUGUAUAGCCCAUAUUCACAAUCACAAUUUGUCUUAUAGGGCUUAACAAGCUGACAUCCUCUACCCUUAACCCUCAACAAGGAA